ACUCCUAACUAGAAUUACACCUUUUAGAAGAUCAAGGAUGAAAUUCAAGCCUGUUAUCUUCAUGUUCUUUCUCUGUGCAAUAGUUCUCAUUUCUGUUGUGGCGGCUAUAAGGCCAUUCAAAUCCGGUGCAAUUGAAGAAUCGAAAAGAAAAGGGUUGGGAAGAGGACAUAGUGAUGAGGUAGAUUGGGUAGGUUCAGGAACAUGGGGAGGUUGGGGAGGUCCCAGAGAAGAAGAAGGUGGAGAAGGACAUGAAGGAGGUUCAGAAGAAGGUGGAAAUGAAGAAUCUGGCUGGGGAGGAGAAAGACAUGAAGGAGGUUCGGAACAAGGUGGAAAUGAAGAAUCUGGCUGGGGAGGAGAAAGACAUGAAGGAGGUUCGGAAGAAGGUGGAAAUGAAGGACCUGAAGAAGAAGAAGAAGAAGAAGGUGGAAGCGUUGAAAAUGGAGAUCGUUAGGAGAAUCCAUGAAAACUAGACACAUGCAUGCAUUUGAGUUCUACUGUCUUUCUUAAACUUUUUCAUAUAAUUAAAAUCAUGGACUAUAUAUUAAUCAUGCCUAGUUUGUAGUAGGAUGAAAU